ACCCCUAUCGCUCACUUGUAACCCUUCUUAGCGACGCGUUCGAUUCGAAACGUCGACGCAACUCGACUCCCGAAAAGUAUGCCGGUCGCGACGAAAGUGAGAGGGACGUGCGUGCGAUUGUAAAUACGGGGCACAAAAAGUGCCGCCGUCAUUGAAACUAGUGAAAAGUUUUUUCACCGCGCGCGGGGGAGACACCCCUCACGGCCGGAAAAAAUCUGCCCCUCACGUCCCUCGCCCCCGAACCUUUCAUUCACCGGGAAAAAAGUGUGGCAAGGCCGCUCCGUGACGUCAUCGCAUCUAGUAGCCACGCGUGUUUCCUAGCAACGUGUCACACCAUCAGUCAAUCAGUGCAAGUUCUAAUGUGUUACGAUGAGUGGCCGUAAGUCGUCGCGGUCGUGACCGGAGUGGGUGGUAGUGAAAUGUAGGGAGUGCGAAGACGGUGGACCUUAUGUGUAGCACACAGCGGGCGCGGGUGUCGAGGAUGCACCUGACGGGGGCAUCGAGUGGCGCGGUGUCACCGGACACCAGCUCCACUCUGCUUCACGAGACGUAUACUAAGAUGACGUCCGAUAUACUCGCCGAACGAACUUUGGGUGACUUUUUGUCGGAGCAUCCUGGAGAGUUGGUGCGGACGGGCAGUCCGCACUUCGUCUGCACGGUGCUGCCUCCUCACUGGCGGUCGAACAAGACGUUGCCGGUGGCGUUCAAGGUGGUAGCACUGGGGGACGUCGGCGACGGCACGCUGGUGACUGUGCGGGCUGGGAACGACGAGAACUGCUGUGCAGAGCUGCGGAACAGCUCAGCGGUGAUGAAGAACCAGGUGGCCAAGUUUAAUGACUUGCGAUUCGUCGGCCGGAGCGGUCGCGGUAAAUCCUUCACACUCACGAUAACGAUAUCAACGACGCCGCCUCAAGUUACCACCUACAACAAAGCAAUUAAAGUCACCGUCGACGGUCCACGGGAACCUCGUUCAAAAACCAUGUUGUCCCUCCUAGGGCAGCAGCAGCAGUUCCACUUCGCGUUCGGCCAGCGACCCUUCCCGUUUCCACCGGACCCGCUUGGAGGAUUCCGGAUGCCGCCUAUCACUACGUGUCAGAAUAUGAGCCAAUUCGGGUUAAGUUCAAGCAACUCCCACUGGGGCUACGGCGGCGCGGGCGCGUACCCCGCGUACUUGCCAUCUUGCGCUGCGCCAGCCGCGACACAGUUCAACCCGCCAGCUCUGGGCUUUGCGGGCACUGUGCCUGAUCAAACAGCGACACAGGACUUUACUAAUAAUACGGUUCUUCCGGAUACAACAGGCGUGGAUCUCGACCAGCAACUAUCAGGGCUAGUAAAUUCAUCCCCUUCACACCACGGAAGUCUCCUACCACGAUACAACAACAACACCGAUUACAGCCUCUCAACCGGCCCCCGCUCGUUAAGCGACAACAGCUCCCAACCCGAAUCACCCAUACAGGACGACUUACUAACUUCCAACACGACAAACAUCGGGCAUAACACGAAUAGCACCAACUUUUCCCUAAUGGGCUCGCAAAACUCCACCUACGGAAGCACUAACUGCAACAAUUCCCUAUACCCGGUGCUUCCCGCGAGUCUUCUCUAUAGUCAAUUGUAUACAGCCGCGAACCAAACGCACAACUUUCACCCAUUACACUCGAACACAAUACACUCGACGCAGAACCAUCACAAUGAGUUACAGACUAUGAUGGAUCAAAUAUCGUCGACGACGAAUAACCACAGACAACAUAGCCACGGACAAGGAGAUUUAUUACUGGGAGGAGGGAAUUCUUGUGCUGCGGCCGCCGCUAGAGGAGAAGAUGGCAGAGUUAACAAUUUAGGCCAACGGGGGAAUCCACAACCCGAUAGCAACACUGUUUGGCGACCUUAUUAAAGUUAAGUAAAUAAAGUGUACUUUAAAUGUCGUUACUAUAAUGUUUAGCGAAACUCAGCGAACGGUACUGAAGUGUGUUAGGUAUUUUCAACGAAGUAUGUAUUAUAUUCCAAAGGUUAUACCGCUCCCGUCCUAUAAUUAUACGAUUUAAUUCGCACUGAACGGAAUUUUUCCAAAUCGAAAAUGUUAUCGUAUUUAUUUAAUUUGUUUUUGUAUAAAUUGUAAUUUUAAAUUCGAUUUCCACGAACGAAUCAUUCGGCUAGAAAAUACCGCGACACCGAUUUAGAAUAUUGUAAAUAAAAAUUGUGAAUAAAUUGUUGUAAAUGCGACUUGUAAAGUGCAAUAGUUGUGCAAUUAAAGUUGAGUAGGUGUAUACAAUUCAAUUAGGUUUAAGGUAAAAUUUGUUGAUUAUAUGAAAAUCUGUCCAUUGUAGAUAUUCAUAGAUACCUCAUGAUUAUAAACUGAUAUAAGUAAACUUUAUUUGACUAGAUAUUUUCUUAUUAUUUUUAAACUUAUUUUGUUUGUGUUAAACUAAAUAGAUGUUAUAUUAUCCUCGUAAUUAUUAUUCUUUAUAAUUAAUAUACCUAAAAAUGGUUUUAUUUAAUUAAGUAUUCAUUGUGAAUGUCUUAUACGAAAUAAAAUAUUGAUAUAUUAAAAUGUUAAUAAGUAACUUUUGACAAAAGUUAAUUUCAAUACAGUUUCAUACAUUUUAUUUAUAGUAAGAAUUGGAUUUUUAUAUUAAAUAAAUAAAUAAAUAAAACCUUUAUUUGUCUCUCUCACAAGGGUUAAAAAUGACAAUUAAUGAAAAAUACACAUAAUAUAUUAGGCAACCUUAUGAGAGUUAUUUUGCUUAUCCUCCUAUUGCGAAUGUUUAUAACGAAUUCAUUGUAAUAAAAUUGUGAUAACUACAAUGUUCUCCAUGUCUACGUCCUAAUUUUUUACGUUCCUUAGAUUUUGCAAAUAUGUAUUUCAAAAAGUGGUUGUGAAACCUGUAUAAUAUUUAGGUGAACAUUUUGAAGUUUUUUUUGUGUUUAUCUAAAAAAUGUGUCGAUUUUGUGCAAUACCAUUUUAUGAUUAUAUAGAUUUAUUGUCGGUUCCUGGUCCUUUAUGUUGCGUAGCAAAUAAUUUUAGACUUGCUUCUUGUUACUUUUGACGACAGGUAGCGAAAUUGAUUUUUAUUAAUAAAUCUCGAAUAACA